AUGGCCUUCCAAGUCUCGAUCCCCAGGCCGAGCCUUGCGGCUGUGACCUCGGAUCUCUGGCCUUCAAUGUCAAACCUGUUGAAUGCGCCCCGAAACAACGUUGAAUACACCUCCCGCUCCGGAUAUGCCGCCCCUCAGUCAUCCCAACGCGCCGUUGCGGAGGCGACCUCCACCGGCGUGGGCGCUGUCUUGUUGCCGGAAUAUCUGACCUCUGUGUCCUCCGAGACUUUGAAGGCAAGCAUCUUGGGCAAGCCUGUCCAAAGCGGAUGGGCUCGGUCCUUGUUCAAUGAACCUACGAUGUGGACUUCGCCGUCUCUUGCUACCCGUCAUCUUGCCUCGCCCACUGCUCGUUCUUACUCCACGUUAUCCAUGUCUCUAAAUCGUCUUCGCCCCGCUCCCAAGGUGGAAGGUCUCUCACGGUUCCAGCAACAACGGUUCCUGUUUGGUGGCUCCUCUCACAAUCUGCUGGCGCAGAAGGAGAAAACUGCGAACAACAAUGCUAGCAGCGCCAACGCUCAGAACGCUUUCUAUCAGGCCCUCCUCCGUGCAAAUCUCCCUGCGAUUGUUGUUGAACGGUAUAGAAGCGGACAUUUUGCCACCAAUGCAACUACGGAUGAAAUCUAUAUGAAAGCCUUGCAACGCGUCGGGGGAGCGGAUCCUGCGGUGGCGGUUUCAGCGCCCGGCCAGGGCGUCAGCCCUGAGCGGCUGCAAGCCAUCGGUCAGGCUGUCGCAACCCAGUUUCACGGUGGGCAAUUCGGUUCUUCGACACAGUACGGAUCAGCUGUCAAGCAAACCGGCAGUGGGGGUAAAGAGGAUCCUUUGCACGUGGUUGUGGAGGAAUCCACCGGAAGCGCCGUCUUUAGAUGGGUCAAGUUCCUCUUCUACUUCGCUUUCUUUGCCUACUUGUCUCUGGUUAUGAUCACGAUCUUGGUUGAAACGACCGGCGCCCUGAAGAACAUUAGGGGCCCGCAGAACAGCGAAGCUCAGCCUCAGCAACAAACCGUCCGUUUCAGUGAUGUCCAUGGCUGCGACGAAGCCAAGGAGGAGCUCCAGGAACUUGUUGAGUUCCUGACAAACCCUGACCGGUUCUCCUCGCUUGGUGGUAAGCUGCCCAAGGGUGUUCUCCUGGUUGGUCCUCCUGGUACCGGAAAGACUUUGCUCGCUCGGGCUGUUGCCGGAGAGGCUGGCGUUCCUUUCUUCUACAUGUCCGGCUCGGAAUUCGACGAGGUUUACGUGGGUGUUGGUGCCAAGCGUGUUCGUGAACUGUUCACUCAAGCCCGGAGCAAGUCGCCUGCCAUUAUCUUCAUUGAUGAAUUGGAUGCCAUUGGGGCGAAGAGAAACGAGAGGGAUGCUGCUUACGUGAAGCAAACCUUGAACCAACUGCUUACUGAACUCGACGGCUUCUCGCAAAGCAGCGGAGUGAUCAUCAUUGCCGCAACCAACUACCCUCAACUCCUGGACAAGGCUCUGACGCGUCCCGGUCGCUUCGACCGCAAGGUGACUGUUGGCCUUCCUGACGUCCGUGGCCGUAUGGAUAUUCUCCGGCACCACAUGAAGGACGUCCAGAUCAGCAUGGAUGUCGAUGUUGCGGUUAUUGCUCGUGGUACCCCUGGUUUCUCUGGCGCUGAUUUGGAAAACCUCGUUAACCAGGCUGCCAUCUACGCCAGCCGAAACAAGUCAACAAAGGUUGGACCGAAGGACUUUGACUGGGCCAAGGACAAAAUCAUGAUGGGUGCCGAGGCUCGCAGCCGUAUCAUCCAGGAUAAGGAUAAACUCCUCACUGCUUACCACGAGGCCGGUCAUGCUCUUGUUGCAUACUUCUCUCCUUCGUCUACACCUCUGUACAAGAUUACCAUUGUUCCUCGCGGCAUGGCCCUUGGUGUCACGCACUUCUUGCCUGAGAUGGACAUGGUGUCAAGAAACUACACUGAGUACCUUUCAGAUAUCGAUGUUUCCAUGGGUGGUAAGGCUGCUGAGGAGCUUGUGUUCGGUCCCGACAAAGUCACCAGUGGUAUCUCGGCGGACAUUCAACAAGCCACCGAAACCGCCUUCACCUUGAUCACGCGCUUCGGUUACUCCAAGAAGCUGGGAAAUGUCGACCUGUCAACCAACUAUGACAGCCUGUCGUCAGAAACCAAGCAGGAGAUUGAAUCCGAAGUCCGGCGUCUGGUUGAGGAGGCCCGAGUCCGCGCCACCAACAUCUUGACCGAGAAGCGGAACGAGCUAGAGAUCCUGACCAAGGCUCUGAUUGAAUAUGAGACUUUGACAAAGGAGGAGAUGGAGCAGGUUCUGCGGGGCGAGAAGCUCGAAAAGUUGGGGUCAGCCCCAGCAGCGCCGCUCAAGUUGCCUGAAGCCCUACAGACGGCCAGGUUGACACCGCCUUCUUUGCCUAAUGGGCGAUCCGUCCAGGAAUGA